GAAGAAACAAUAUCAGAAAUUUCAUAUGAAUUACCGGAUGGAAAUAUAAUUGCACUUGGAAGUGAAAGAUACAAAACUAGUGAGAUAUUAUUUCAACCAAAUCUUAUUGGAAUGGAAGUUGGUGGAAUUCAUGAAAAUAUUUUCACUUCUAUUAGAAAGUCGGAUUUAGAUAUUAGAAAGGAAUUGUAUUCGAAUAUUAUUCUUUCAGGAGGAUCGACAUUGUUCAAUGGAAUAGUAGAACGAUUGGAUAAUGAAUUGAGGGAAUUAUCUCAUUCUUCAAUGAACAUUCGAAUAAUAGCACCACCAGAUAGAAAGUACACUGCGUGGCUUGGUGGUAGUAUUUUCUCCCAAUUAUCAACCUUCCCAUCGAUGCGUAUAACCUUAGAGGAAUAUGAAGAGAGUGGAUUCAAUAUCAUUCAUAGAAAGAGCAUCUUUUGA